AUGUCAAUGUUCAUUGAAGGCAUUUCUAGCUUCAGCGCCCAAACUAUGGAUUAUCAACUAGAUGUUUAUAUGUAUCAACAUAAUGGAUCAGGCCCUCUACUCAUCAGAGAUAAAGAGAUAUUUAAUAAGAUUUGGCGUCCUGAUAUUUAUUUUGCAAAUGCUCGACAAGCCUCAUUCCAGUCAAUAACCGAACCCAAUUUUUAUGUUUGGAUAUUUCCCAAUGGAAGGGUUUGGUAUGACUUGAGAAUUUCUCUCGUUGCUAUAUGCAUGAUGAACUUAUGGAAAUAUCCACUGGAUUCGCAGACUUGUGAACUUAGAAUACUUAGUUAUGCGUAUCCUGAAUCUCAUUUGAGGCUUAGAUGGUGA